GAGUUAACCCCAACACAACUUUUCCCGCGAGAGAGAUAGAGUCAGAUAGAGAAAGAGAGAAGUUACGAUACGAAUCGGAGAAGAAGCAGAAGAAGAAGAAGAUUACUUGAUAGCAGAGACUGAUCGAUCUGAAGAUGGCGAUGGAAGUAGCAACUCCGGCUCCGGCACCUAUCCCAGCGGAGAGGAACAUCGUUCUUUCCCCGGCCACGACUACCGUCAAUGUUGAGACUCACAAGAAGAACAGGAUCCAAGUCUCCAACACCAAGAAGCCUCUAUUCUUCUACGUCAACCUCGCCAAGAGGUACAUUCAGCAACACAACGAGGUUGAGCUCUCUGCACUUGGAAUGGCAAUCACGACUGUGGUUACAAUCUCUGAGAUCUUGAAGAACAAUGGUCUUGCAACAGAGAAAAAGGUGCUAACAUCUACUGUGGGAAUGAAAGAUGAGACUAAAGGAAGAAUGGUUCAGAAGGCAAAGAUUGAGAUUGUGUUGGGAAAAUCAGACAAGUUCGACUCUUUGGUGCCACCAGUGACCAACGGCAAGACUCCGGAGGAGGAAGCUAAUGCAGAGACGGAGGCUGCCGUGGAAGCACAAGAAGUUGCUGCCACUGAAGCCUAAGAUGGAGCUUGUUGUAAGGGCCACCACAGAAGAAGGAACAAUGUCACUUUUACUUUGUUUUGUUGCUUUUGUUUCGUUUGUGACAUAUCGAACAUAAUACUCUAGAUAUGAUAGUAAUUGUUUGUUUAGUAUGAAAUAGUAUUUUUCACUUUCUGCUUCCA